AUGAGCAAUACAGGACCAGAAGCAGAUGAUUUAGAUGACGGUUUGGCAUACGAGUUCGACUUGUCUGGAGAUGAAAAUGAUAAUGGAAUAAUGGAAGGAGAAGAACAUGAAGUUGAGGUUAAUGGUGGUGACAACGAUGAUCAAUUAAUCAACACGGGAGGCACCUCCAAAGAUUAUUCUAGAGAGAAGAAUGACUCAAAGAAACGAAAACGAGAUGACUCCUCUUUAAAAGAGAAGAAAAAAAUCAAGAUGGAGAUGGAUACUGAACAAAAGAAAAAUAUAUCACUAGAGGAGAAUGCUGAUGUGAUAGCAGAAUUUAUAAACUCUAGAAUACGAAGAAAGCAUGCAAGCUUGUCUGCAUUAGAGUUGAGUGAGUUGUUUUUUAGCAAGAGUGACAUUCGAACAACUCACGAGUUUAAAGAGCCAAGAACAUUGGACAAUCUAGGAAGUUACAUUAAUCAACGAUUCAAAAACAUGUUGCCAGGAAAGCAAGGAAAACAAAGUAAACAGGCGAAGCAGGUGAAACAGAAUAAAAAGAAGUUAAAGAAUAGUGGCAACAAUACGGAGGAAAAUGUCGAUGAUAAAGGAGACUUUGAUAAUCACACAAAUGAGGAUAGGAAGUUUAUUGCAAUUGUUUCGAUGUCUGCCAUCAGAGCUUGUGAUGUUCAUCGUGCUACAAAAGAUCUUAAUGGAGGGUCACUAAAACUCAUUAACAAAAACAAAUUAGCAGUUGACUUGAAACUUGUAGGAUCUACGAGAUCUAGGAUUCUUUGCUGUACGCCAGGCAGACUUUCCAAAGUUCUCGACGCCGAGAAUUCGAAACUAGCAAAAGAAGAGGUUAAAAUUGUCCUUGUAGAUAAUUCAUACCUUGACCAAAAAAAGCAGAAUAUCUGGGACAUCAAAGAAACUGUUGAAGUAUUAAAGGAUUUGACAAAAUCGGGCUCAAAAUUGUAUUUCUAUUGA